AUGAUUCACGGACCAUGUGGGGGACACAACCCACACUCGCCAUGCAUGAAAGACGGAAAAUGCACCAAAAAGUAUCCACGCCAGCUGCUGCAAGAAACACAAACUGGUGGCGACGGUUAUCCGUUGUACAGACGACGAAAACCAGAUGAUGGAGGAUACACCACAACUAUCAAAAUCAAUAACGUUGAUUUCGAAGUUGAUAACCGAUGGAUUGUGCCCUACUCUCCUAUCCUUUCGAAAUCAUUCAAUGCACAUAUCAACGUGGAGUCCUGUAAUUCAGUUAAGGCAAUAAAAUACAUAUGCAAAUACGUGAAUAAAGGCAGCGAUAUGGCAAUUUUCGGAAUUGCGAAUCCCAAUGCGCCCGUCAAUGAAAUCGAGCAAUUUCAAAUGGGACGUUACAUUAGCAGUAAUGAAGCUGUAUGGAGAAUUCUUGGUUUCGACAUUCAUGAACGCUUUCCUGCUGUCAUGCAUCUCAGUGUUCACUUGGAAAACGGUCAACGAGUCUACUUCACGGAAGACAACGCACCCAAACGAGUUCCAGAUCCACCAAAUACAACGUUGACCGCUUUUUUCCAAUUGUGUGCAACUGACGAAUUCGCAAAAACAUUAAUGUAUCACGAAGUCCCGCAGUACUACACUUGGAAUCAAUCGACGAAGAAAUUUUGCAGAAGAAAACGAGGCGCCAGGCAUUCUUCUAUAGCUGGCAUAUUUUCUACUGGUGCACUGGGAAGAGUAUAUACUGUUCAUCCAAAUAAUGGUGAAUGCUACUAUUUGCGAAUGCUGCUUCACGUGGUCAAAGGACCAACAUCGUUUCAAGCAAUCAAAACAAUCGAUGGUCAAGAGUGUGAGACAUACAGAGAAGCAUGUUUUAAACUUGGUUUGCUUGAAAAUGAUCAACAUUGGGACAACACAUUAGCAGAAGCAUCUGAGACACGUCAUGCCCAUCAAAUACGAACUCUGUUUGCCAUAAUUUUGACUACCUGCGCACCUUCUGAUCCGAAAGGUUUAUGGGAAAAACACAAAGAGAGUAUGAGCGAAGACAUACUUCUCCGAGCACGCAGAAAUAAUCCCGGCUUGGAUGUACAGUAUUCGGAAGUCAUUUUCAAUGAAGCACUGAUAUCACUUGAGGAUGUGUGUAUGUCGAUUAACAACAAAAUCCUCAAUCAGCUUGGGCUGUUUUCACCGGAACGUGACAGAAACGAUGUUAUAGAUAGAGACGUAUUGCGAGAAAAACAAUACGACGUCGAUGCGCUACAAGUUUAUGUUGAAACUCAGAAAAGGCUCUUAACAAACGAUCAACGACUUGCAUACGACACAAUUAUGGAGCAUGUGCGAGGCGGAAAUGGUGGACUUCUUUUUCUUGAUGCACCAGGAGGCACAGGAAAAACAUUUCUACUCAAUUUGAUACUCGCCGAAAUUCGAAUGAAACAUGAGAUUGCUUUGGCUGUGGCAUCGUCGGGGAUUGCAGCAACAUUACUCGAUGGAGGACGCACGGCGCAUUCGGUUCUCAAGCUGCCAUUGAAUUUAAAUCUAGCUGCUGAUCCUCUUAGCAACCUUGGAAAAACAACUGGAAUGGCAACUGUAUUGAAAGCAUGCCAACUGAUUAUUUGGGAUGAAUGUACUAUGGCCCAUAAGAAAGAACUUGAAGCACUUGAUCGUACUCUGCGAGAUUUCCGAAGCGAUGAACGUCCACUGGGCGGAGCUCUGAUCCUGCUCGCAGGUGAUUUCCGUCAAACUUUGCCCGUGAUUCCUAGAUCAACACCAGCAGACGAGUUGAAGGCAUGCCUGAAAAAUUCGUCUCUCUGGAGACAUGUGAAAAAAAUUACACUGUCGACCAAUAUGCGUGUGCAUUUACUUGGAGAUGUUUCUGCACAAAUAUUUGCCAAACAACUUUUGGAUAUCGGCGACGGCAAACUUUUGGCUGAUCCUACAACACAGGAGAUAGGGUUUCCUCCGAACUUCUGUCAACUUCAGUCAUCAAUUGAAGAACUUGAAGAGAGUUUUCUCAAACAUCGCCAACAACUUUAG